CCCCCCCCCCCCCCCCCCCCCCCCCUUCCUCUCGCACUUCUAUUCCAAUAAGCAGUAGGAGAAGAAGAUCCAGUUAUAAAACAGUGAGGAAUCGGUUUCUGAUCGAUGGAGCAGAAGGCCUCGAACAUGAGCACGGGACGCGGGAGCGGGUUUCAAGGUGUUGCGGGCGCCUACACCGGCAGUUGUGGCAAGGGAAUGAUGAAGAAGAGCGCGUCGGAGUUGGCUCUUGAGGAGUUUGUGGGGAUGAUGAUGAUGAUUACCCCUCCCGACCCUCCCUUCGGCGAUCCCCUCGAGACUGAUGACGGCAACCCAUGCUUUGCCCCGCCAACAUCCGCCGUGCUGGACCCCGACUCCCCAUUCAGAACUCGGGAAAUAGCUCAUGGUAAUAUAUCAAGUUCGGGUGGGCUCGGAGUGUCUCACUGGGACCAAUAUCUCAUGAGUAGACAUUCUAAUACCCCGAUCCCCAACCCCACCCUGACUGAUUCUCAGUCAUCGAUAUUUGUUGGGAGUCCCAUGUCCGUUAGUAAACCGAAUAUCAGAGUUGAUCAAGGAAGAGACAGUGGUUCCUCAGACGACGAUGACGGUGAGAUAGAGCCAGGUUCGUGUGAGCAAAGUGCAGACCCCAACAAUAAGCACUCUAGAAGGAAGAUGUCAAAUCGGGAGUCUGCUAGACGAUCCCGUAAGAGGAAGCAGGAGCAUUUGGCUGGUCUGGAAAUACAGGUUGAACAUCUUAGAGUAGAGAACGAGACUUUAUUCGAGCAACUAGCGAAUGCUACUCAGCAAUUCCAUGAUGCCGGCACGAACAACCGAGUGCUCAUAUCCAAUGUAGAAGCCUUGAGAGCCAAGGUGAAGCUGGCUGAAGAUAUGGUGACUCGAGGGUCGUUCAACUGCAGCCUUAACCAUCUCCUUCAGAGCCUGAACUUGCAGCCCUUCAUUAACACCCGCAGUAGCAUCAGUCGCAAUGCAAACGUCUCCCCAACUGUUACCAUUCAUGGGGAUAACAACUCUUCUUAUACGGCCACUGGAUCAACAAUCACAAAGCAGAAUUCUUGUAUUGGAGUCGGGAAUGGAGAUUCCGGGAAUAGCAACAUGGCAAACGGAAUAACAAGUGAAGCUGUGAGUUGUGUAUCGGACAUUUGGCCAUAAGUAUCUCUAUACUUAUUAAGUAAUUUUAAUCUAUUCUAAGUUUAGGCAAUUAUGUUCCUUGUAAGAAGUGACGUCCUUAAUUUUCCUAGUAAGAAACCCGAUCAUUCUCGCUGUUCCAGUUCCA